AGCGGGACGUUUCACCAUUGAAACCAAAUGUCCCUCAAGAAACCGAUAACCCUACGCAACGAGAGUAAAGACCUCGUGAAUUUGUUUAUUUUAGGCACAUGAGACCUCCUCCACUAUAAAUACCCCAACAUUUCACUCCUCAUUUCUUCCAAACAUACCCUACAAAAUACAGUAGGGAGAUCAGAUUGUUUGGUCCAAACCAAGCCAAAUGGGUUUAGACGAUAUCAUCAGGUCCUUGCAACAUAAGAGUAUCUUAAUCACUGGUUCCACUGGAUUCCUGGCCAAGAUUUUGGUGGAAAAAGUUCUCCGAACGCAACCAGAAGUGAAGAAGUUGUUUCUUCUCAUAAGAGCCUCUGAUCUCAACUCCGCAAGAUAUCGAUUGCAUAAUGAAAUUUUAAAGAAGGAGCUAUUCAAGGUCUUGAGAGAGAAACAUGGAAGUGGGUUCGAUUCAUUUGUUAGAGAGAAGAUAUUUCCAGUAGUGGGUGAUGUCGGCCAUGAAAGCUUGGGAAUCGCAGACUUAGAACUCAGGAAAACAUUGUGGAGAGAGGCUGAUAUCAUCAUCAAUGUUGCUGCAACUACUUCCUUUGAUGAACGGUACGAUGUGGCGUUGGAGGUUAACACUUUGGGAGCAAAGCAUGUCCUUGAAUUCGCCAAACAAUGUGGGGGAAGAUUGGAGGUUUUGCUUCAUGUUUCAACUGCUUAUGUUUCGGGGAAUAAGUCAGGGUUGAUAAUGGAGAAGCCCAUUAAACUUGGUGAGACCCUAAUUCCAUACUCGCAUUUAGACAUCGACUUCGAAUUGAAACUUGUGGAGAUUGAAUUGGAGAAGGCCAGGAAUGAAGGGGCAGACGAAAAGACUCAACGCCUUGCAAUGAAAAAAUUGGGCUUGAAAAGGGCUAGGUUAUAUGGUUGGCCUAACACUUACACAUUCACCAAAGCCAUGGGGGAGAUGAUGAUGGGGCAUUUGAGGGGAGAUUUGCCUGUGGUUAUCAUGAGACCAAGCAUCAUAGAGAGCACUUUCUCUGACCCUUUCCCUGGUUGGAUGGAAGGCGCUAGGACGAUUGACAGUCUGAUUGUGAACUUUGGAAAGGGAAAGCUCAAAUGCUUUCUAGCCGAUCCAAAUCUCGUGUUGGAUGUGAUACCAGCGGACAUGGUGGUGAAUGCUAUGAUAGUGGCCAUGGCAACUCACCGUAGUGAAAGCUCUCUGCACAUCUACCAUGUCACCUCCUCAGUUAGGAACCCAUGCAACUACCACACGCUUGCAGACACUAGCCAUCGCUACUUCUCUAAAAACCCAUGCUACGAUAAGGAUGGAAGACUCAUAGUGGUAAAAAGGGUGGUUAUGUUCACAACAAUGGCCCAAUUUCGAAGAUACAUGACGUUAUUCUACAAACUUCCGCUGCAGGGCUUGGAACUGGUGAAUGAAGCAUUGUGCCAAUACUUUCAACGUCAGUGCAACGAUCUCAAUAGAAAGUACAACUACGUGAUGCAUUUAGCUGAGCUCUAUGAACCCUAUGCAUUUUUCAAAGGAUGCUUUGAUGACUUGAAUACUGAAAAGCUACGAUCUGCAGUGCCACCGAAUAGUCUUUUGACAUUUGAUCCAAAGAUCAUCAAUUGGGAUGAUUAUUUCAUGACCAUACACAUGCCUGGCUUGGUUAAAUAUGUGUUAAAAUGAUCUCCUCAUUUAUGGAUUCCUUGGGAAGAUACAUUGUAAUUGAUUCAACUAUUGAGCAUUGAAAGUUUCCUAUCAGAAGAAAUAUGAAGGAAAAAUUGGACCCUAUAAUUGAUUAGUGAAGCUUGUGCACUUCAUUUUUAGGAGUUGGGACAAUUGCAUAGAAUUGAAAAAACAAAGGGUUAUUUCUUUUUAUGUAAUUGUCAAUUUAUUUCUACCAUAUAUUAUUUAUAUGUGAACAAGGUUUAAUUGUUCAAUGGGCAGAUACUUAUAACUAAGUUAAUUUU